AUGGCAGAGCUAAUGUUCGGGAUGGGCAUGACCAAAAAGAAAAAGGCUGACAAUGCUUACGUCAAGGAGACAAAGGAAGCUCUGAAGAAUGUCAACAUCACGGAAACUGUCGAAACCAAUGAACUCAAGAACCUACACAAGAGAACGCAGGCUGAGAAGGAAGCGGAACGAGAAACUAAGGCUACACUUAAGAAUGUUAACGUUACAGAAUCUGUUGAAGGACAAGUCCGCAAAGAACAAAACAAGAUGGAAAAGGACUGGAAGGAAGCUGGAAGGCAACAAAAGAAAGACAACAACAAUUUCGACAUGGCCCGCGCACUCUUCAACUAG